GCGGGGGGGGGAGCCCGGAAAAGGCAGCGGCUUCCUGCUCCCGCCCCCCCCGGCCUGGUCCCGCCGCCGGAGCCGGAGCCGGAGCCGGAGCCGAGCGCAGCGGAGCGGCCUGACCGGUCCGGUCCGGUCUGGUCCGGUGCGGAGCAAGCGGCGGCGCAGCGGAGCUGCCUUUCCGGUUGAGGGAGGGGUGCGCAGAGGAACCCAGGUGUCCGGGCCCUGCAGCCCCCGGGGAGGGGGGGAUUUGCUGCUUGUAGCCACGUCUCGGCAUCGCCUAGAGGUGGGUCCCCCCCAGGGGCAGGAUGGAGCCGGACGAGCCGUACAACGGGGGCCCAGCGCCGUCCAGCAUGGCCAUCAUCGGGGCUGAGGACGAGGACUUUGAGAAUGACAUCGAGCCGACGCCGGAGGACCACAGCAGCCUGUUCCAGAGCGUGGUGGUGGUGAAGACGCACCCGGCCUAUCUCAUGGCCUUUCUCCAGCACGUGGUUCUGCAGUUCGACUCCUGCCCGGUGCUCUGCUACCUGCACGUGGAUCUGAUCCGCAGCGCCAGCCCCAAGGAGGGGAAGAAACUCUUCCUGGAUUUCUACCACACGUUCCUGGACAAGGCGGGGCUCCUGCGUGUCCCCGUCCCGGCCCAGGUGCAGUUUGAACUGGACCGGAGCCGCCCGGAGCUGCUCCCGGACGAGACCCUGCGCCAGUUCCUGAUCGACAUCCAGAGCUUCCAGGAGCCCGAGAUCUCCCGGCAGCUGGAGGAUUUCAGGUCGAAGCGGAUGAUGGGGAUGACGCCGGGCGAGCAGGAGCUGGCGGAGCUGGAGUCGUAUCACACCCGGGAUCGCGGGAUCCGCGAGGCCAAGGAGAAGCAGCUGGCGGAGCUGCUGCUGGUGCGGCUGGACGAGAUGCACCCCACGAUCUCCACCGACGAGGAAAAAAGCUCCGCGAUUUUCGCCGCCAUCGUGACCUAUAUGAAGCACCUGGGCGUUAAAACCAAACUGGGCGAGAAGAAAUCGAAAGGGAAUUUCUUCCGCAAGAAGAUGUCGGGGAGCCGGAAGCCGGAGGAGCCCCCCAAGCCGCGAAAGGGCUUCAGCCUCUUGGACGCCACCCGCUGGAACCGUGGGGACUCCCACAAUUCCGAUUUCAGACAAAGCAAAGUCCCCGAGGGUGAAGCGGACAAGGCCCCAGAGCGGAAGGGUCUCAAGUUGCUGGAGCGCAGCGAGAGCCGGACCAAGGGGGGCGCGUCUGGGACCCCAGGGCUUGACCCCCCCGGAGUUUCUGUGACCGUGAACCCCCCUCCGGGGGAGGGGACCGAUGGGGAGCUGGGGUCAGAGCCCCAGUGUCCCGUGGAGCCGGGGGAGGCCCCCCCCAGCGAGCAGCCCCCCGAGGACAGUGCUGAGAACGAGAGAAAAUGGAAAAGGUCGGUGACCCCCCUGGAGCCCCCUAUUUGCAUGUUUGUGGGGACAGGCUGGUUCCACAGGGAGAAUAAUCCCCCGUCCGUGGCUGGUCCGGUCUCCGUCCCCCUGUCCGUGGCUGGUCCGUGUCCCCCGUCCGUGGCUGUCCGCGCCCGCAGGCUGCCGGGGAGGCUGGGCCGGUCGGAGAGCCUGCGUGUGACCGAGCGGAAGCGCUCGCAGCGCGGCUCGGCCAAGGGGAAGCAGCCACGUUCCCGCAGCGACGUGGACCUCGAGGCGGCCGCCCGCGCCGGGGAGCUGCAGGAGAGACCCCCCCUGGGGCCGGGGCGCCCGAGGCCCGGCGGUGUCACCCCGGAGCCCGGGGGGGCCGGGGGAGGGGAGCCCCCGCCGUCCUUUCUGCUUCCCCAGUCUGAGGAGACUGAGCCGCGCGUGUCGGAGCUGGAGCCGGAGCCGCCGACCUGGCGCCAGCGGGUCCCACCCGACGCCCUCCUCAGGCUGAAGAAAGGCGAAGUGAAGCGGCAGGAGGUCAUCAACGAGCUGUUCCUCACCGAACACGCCCACGUGCGGAUGCUGCGGGUGCUGCUGGAGCUUUUCUACCAGCCGCUGCUCAGCGACGGCUUCUUCCAGGAGACCGAACUGGCCAACAUCUUCCCCGGCCUGGACGACCUGACGGAGGCGCACAGCGGCGGCUGGUUCCAGAAGCUCUCGGCCCGGUUCUGCAGCCGCCAGUCGUUCGCGCUGGAGCAGCUCAAGGCCAAACAGCGCAAGGAGCCGCGCUUCAGCCAGUUCAUCCAGGAGGCGGAGAGCCAGGCGCGCUGCCGGCGGCUGCAGCUGAAGGACAUCAUCCCCAUCGAGAUGCAGCGACUCACCAAGUACCCGCUGCUGCUGGAGAACAUCGCCAAGUACACGGAGGAGGAGGAGCGAGCGAAGGUGCAGCGGGCGGCCGAGUGCUGUCGGCAGAUCCUCAACCACGUCAACCAGGAGGUGCGGUACAUGGAGAACCUCAUGAAACUGCAGGACUAUCAGAAGCGCCUGGAUCUCUCCAGCCUGAAGCAGAGCUCGGACCCACUGCUCAGCGAGUUCAAGGUGGGGCCUUGCCCGGCCGGGGUGGGGCACUGGCUGUGGGGGUCAGGGGGGUCUGUUCCCACUGGGGCGGGCGCUGGCUGUGGGAUGAGGGCACUGGGGCUGGGUGCUGGCUGUGGGGUCAGUAAGGAGAAGGCUGUGGAUGUGCACGUGCUGCUCCUGGACGACAUCCUGGUGCUGCUGCAGCGGCAGGAGGAGCGGCUGGUUCUGCGCUGCCACAGCCGCCCCCCCGGCCCCACCCCCGAGCCCCGGCAGCUCCUGAGCCCCAUCAUCAAACUCAGCUCUGCCAUGACCCGCGACGUGGCCACAGACCGCAAGGCCUUUUACGUCAUCUUCAGCUGGGAGUUCGGAGCCCAAAUCUACGAGCUGGUGGCCCAGACGGUGUCGGAGAGAAAGACCUGGUGCGCUCUGAUCAGCGAGACGGCCGGGUCUCUGAAGCUACCGGGGUCCAAUCACCAGAAACCGCGUCGUGCUGCCUCGAGUCUGUCGGCCCCGUACAGCCCCAGCUACUACCGGGAGCCGCUGCUGAGCAGCUCGGAGAACGGGAACUCUCCCAGGGAGCCGUCGCACGCGGAUGAUCGGGAGAAGGACGGAGCACUGGAGGGGAUCGAGUUCGAGGAGCGCGGCCUGGAGAAGCCGGAGAAGGACUCGGAGCGGAUCCUGGCGGAGCUGCUGGCUCUGCACAAGCCUCAGGCGGCAGGUGGUGAGGGGGGGCUGGCAGCUGCCGCGCUGGAGAGAGUGUCUGCGCUGAAGAGGCUGCUGGUCGGGGGGUCCCCCCUGCCGGAGGACGAGGGCCGUGGGUCCCCUGAGGACGGCUGGCGCCGGGCGCCGGAGAACAGGGGCGCCGGAGACAAGGAUGAGGAACGGGACGCGGGUGAUGGCGCCGAGAGCGAGGGGGGGGCACCAGGGGCGGCCCCGAACGGCCCCGGCUCUCUGGAUUGGGGGUCGCGGCGCCCGGACGGGGAGGGGCCCGGCUCCUCCCUUGUGCUGACGCCCCGGCAGUUGGAGGACGUGCGGCUCAGCUGCCAGCACCUGCAGGAGGCUGUUCUCAGGCUGAAGGACAUGGAAGAGGAUUAUUCCCAGCUGCAGCAGCUCCUGGCCAAGUACAGCUCCCCCCCCUCGCCCAGCUUCACAUGAGGGGCAGCCCUGCCACAGACCCCUCGCCACGGAGGAAGAGGCCGGCGGUCUUUGCCCUCCCCGCUGGGGGUGUCCUGCCGGGGGGUGCUGGGCAGGGGCGUGGGGCGGCGGGGACGGAUGCUGGGGGGGUCGGGUACCUCUGUUCUCUAGGACGUGCUGUGGGGCCGUGUACAGGAGCUGGGAUCCGGAGGGAGAUUGGGCGGGUCUGGCUCACCCCCAGGCUCUGAAACCCCCAGCGAGGGCACAGGCCGGAGUGGCUCCCUCUGGGACGAGACACCCCUCCCCCAUCAGCCACCCUCGGGGGGGGUCACCCCCAAAUUCCCUCCGGCAAACGCACAUCCCCCUCCACCCCCAAUCUGUCCCAUCCCCCGAGCCAGCCAGCCAGCCCCUGCCCUGGGGCCGGAGCGGGGCCAGUGCCCCAUUCCCCCCAAGGCUGUUUGUGGGAUCAGCCAGCAGGGGGCGCUGUGGCUGCAAGGUUUUCCCCACCCCGAGAUCAGUAUUUUGGGGGGGGGGUUACAUUCCACUGCCCCCCAUCCCCUGCCAUGUGCCUUAGGGGCCGACCCCGAGAUCUGCUUUUAUAUAUAGAGCUAUUUUUUACUUUUGCUGGGAUAUUUUUAUAUAUAUGAUUUAUGGGGGGGACCCCAGACCCCGGGGUGUGGGGGGGGGGGCACAGCGGUUGGUUUGUGCCAACAUGGCAGCUGGGCUGGCACAAAAUCAUUGGAACCAAAAAAGGGGGGUCUGGUGGGAUGGGGGACGGGCCCCCUAAUUCCUUUCUACCCUAUGGGUGUCCCCCCCCAGACAUAGGGCUUUUUACGGGGGCUUCCAUUGCUUUUAAAAAGCGAGUCAACAUUUCCUGGAGAAUUUCUGGGGGUGUCCCCCACAUAGACUCCUCCAUGCCCCCCUCGUUCUCUGCUGCACCCCCCGCUCUGAGAGAGUUUUGGCUUUUUAAAAAAUAUAUUUUAAGAUUUUUUUACAAUUCUGCUUUUUAACGAGGUAUUCGUAUGGGGGGGUGACAUGGAGGGGGGAGAUCUGGGUUUAAAUGUCCCCCCCCAGGGAGCCAAAGGCUGACCCCCCCUCCCCCCAAGGGAGAGCUGGUUGUAGGUAUGAUGGAUGGUGGAUGUCUGGAAUCUGGGAGGGGGGGGCACUGUGCCCCCCCAGCUGACUCUUCUGAGUAUAACUUUGGAGGGUGCUAAGGUACGGGGGGGGGGUCACUGAACCAAAGAAACUGUAAAGAUAUCGGAUAAAAACCGUUCUUGCUUCA